AUGACCAGUUAUUUGCGUAGUCUUCUAGGGGCUACAAAAUUGGUAUUUCAGAAAUCCCCCAAAAAGGUUCUUCCACCUAUAAGCGACACUGAACUGCGUCAGACGGCCUUACAGGUUUACGGUGUGAAGUAUGUCUCGAAAGAAAAUAACCAUUCUUUUACCCGACUGGCUUUGCUUGGAGAUAGUCUUUUGGGUUAUCAUGUGGCACACCAUUUGCACGAAAAAUUCCCUUAUUAUAGUAAUGGGCAACUUUCGGCUUGUCGAUCCAUGCUUGUUUGCAGUUACCAGCUGAGCUCUUUUGCUGUCGAAUGGGGUCUUGAUCGGAUGACUAAUGUUGACUUGAAAGCAGCAAAAACGAACAAAAGAAUACUAGGCGAAGCUCUCGAAGCAUAUAUUGGCGCAUACUAUCUCGAUGCGUGCACGUUGUAUGGAGACAAUUAUGGCCACACGAAGGUGAGAGAAUUAUGUAUCGAGCUGGUUGAUCCUUUGCUCGAACAAAUGAUGAAAACGUGGAAAAUUGCAUAUCUAAUUAGGAACAUCUUAUACAUUCGCCUUAACGAAGCAGUUCAGGAGAAGAAGCUACAGUUACGUCUCCAGAGAAUUAAAGGAGGGACUCAAGUUGAGAUUUCGAAAAACUCAAAAGUCAAUAAUGACAAAGGUGCAAAGAAAGCAAAGGCUGUUAUGAACCAACAGAAAGAGAAGCCAAAUGUUAAAGAAUCCAAAAAAUCACAGAAGCUAACCGGACAAAUAGUGCCGACUAAAAAAGAAACGAUUAUUAUAAAAUCAUCUGGUUCAGGCGCUAAGUUAACGGAUUCAGGAAAAUCUACAAAGAUCACGUCAAACCCCACACAAGAAGCCUCUCAUCCGUCCCACGUCCUUGGAGCAGUGCAACUUACUCAGAAGGGUACAAAUGUUAUAAAGCAAGCCAAGGUUAAAAAAAAUGCCAAAGUUCAAACUGAAACAAAUGAGCAGAACAAAGUCGCACCUACAAAGUCGAAAGAAUCAACAAAGUCCAGUAAAUUGGCACCUACCGCGAAUUUGGAAAAAUCAAGAGAAACAGAUAGUUCAAAGAGAAAUGAAGAUUCACUGAUAAAACCUCAAACGGCCAAGAAUGAAUCACCAAAGCCUUCUCGUGUGGUAACUAACAAAACAUUAAGGCCCACUGUUAAAAUCACGCAACACGUGUUAUAUGCACCGCCACCUGAAAGGAUUAAUCCUUCGAAAGUAAAAAUCACUACGACAAAGUCACCUCAAGGAGUCUCAACUGGUGUGACAAGUAAACGUAGAAACCCUCAUUUGCCAAAUCAAAUAGAACAUCCCAUACAAUCAUUCGAUGUUCCAUUUGCAACCUUUGCUACUGAUUUCAAAGAGCUUUCUGCCUCCUUACCCACGGUCACGGCAGCUACGAAUCCGAAUGUUGGAUGGAAAGAUAGUAUAGCUGCACAUUUUACAGUUAAAAAACCUCGCCUUAAUAUACCAACAACGUUAAAUUCCAAAUUAUCUAAAAUUACCCCCAACGUUCAGAGCAUAAGUAAGAAAUUACGUUCGCCCAAUGUUAUUCAGGCCUCUCAACAAAAGAAAACUAAAGAAGUCAGCAAACAACUUUCAAACACCAAACAAGUUGCCAAACUCGUCGUUGGGCAAGGUCUAGUGAAACAGGUAUUUACAAAAGUUUCAGGUGCCGUUAUAAGAUCCUCGGAGAAUCGGGAACGUAAUUUGAGAAGGAGACAGGAAGAUCUAAGCAAAUUAUCUAUCCAAGAAUUGUUAAGAAGAAUUAGAAAACUUGAAUGA